GAUCUAUUGAAACGAAACCGUUAAGGCCCAAUUUACGGCGAUUCUCGUUUCCUCAGAGAUUCACAGAUGAACUUUUGUUUUUGCUGUGUACACUAACGUUGAAGAAGUCAGAGGGAGAUCAUUCUAUAAGAUUCAAUCCUCUCUCUUUCUAUCUUCGUCUAGAGGCAUCUCUUUCCCGCUUUUUAUCUCUCAAAUUCAUCAAAUUCUGGUAAUUUUUAAUAAUCUUUGCUAAUCAAAAGGAAAAAAGGUGAGGAAAGAAAAAGAUGGGAGUGAAACAGGCGAUUAGAGCAAUAGAUGCUUUUCCGCGCGCUGAAGAGCACCUGUUGCAGCAGACCAAAUCUGGCGCCCUCGUGUCUAUUGUGGGGUUAGUCAUCAUGGCAACACUAUUCUUGCAUGAACUAAAAUAUUAUCUGUCUACAAAUACAGUACAUCAGAUGGCUGUUGACCUGAAACGUGGGGAAACACUUCCUAUACACAUCAAUAUGACAUUCCCAUCUUUACCUUGUGAUGUUUUGAGUGUCGAUGCAAUUGACAUGUCAGGGAAGCAUGAAGUAGAUCUUGAUACUAACAUAUGGAAGCUUCGCAUAAACCGUGAUGGCUACAUUAUUGGCACUGAGUAUUUAUCAGACUUGGUGGAGAAGGAGCAUUCAGACCACAAGCAUGAUGACCAUAAAGAUCAUCAAGAAGAUUUACACCUGCAAGGUUUUGACCAGGAAGCUGAAAAAUUUAUUAAAAAAGUAAAGCAAGCAUUGGAUAAUGGAGAAGGGUGCCGGGUGUAUGGUACUUUGGAUGUUCAACGUGUUGCUGGAAACUUCCAUAUAUCUGUCCAUGGGCUCAACAUAUUUGUUGCUCAAAUGAUUUUUCAAGGGUCUAAUCAUGUUAAUGUAAGUCAUUCCAUCCAUGACUUAUCAUUUGGCCCAAAAUAUCCCGGAAUUCACAACCCUUUGGAUGGGACAGAGCGAAUUCUGCAUGAAGCAAGUGGAACUUUCAAAUAUUAUAUAAAGAUUGUUCCCACCGAAUACAGGUAUUUGUCAAAAGAAGUCUUACCCACAAAUCAAUUCUCUGUGACAGAGUAUUAUUCCCCAAUACAUGAUUUUGAUAGGUCAUGGCCAGCUGUGUAUUUUCUGUAUGAUUUAUCACCAAUUACUGUGACCAUCAAAGAAGAACGCCGAAGCUUUCUCCACUUCAUCACCCGGCUUUGUGCAGUUCUUGGCGGUACAUUUGCACUAACAGGCAUGCUAGACAGAUGGAUGUAUAGAUUUGUUGAAGCCGUGACAAAGCCAAAUACACGAAGUAGAUAAGUUUGGAGAUUGCAUUGUAUUCAGCCCAGGUUGAUAUGGCUAACACUGAUGUACUAUUGCAACUAAUUAACAUUACAACAUUGUAUUCCCAAAUAUAUAUAUUCACGUGUUUUGACUUUUGAGAAAGGCUUUUGAUUCAAAGCUAGAAUGGAAUGGAUUUUGAGAAUUAUUAUUAUUGCUAGUCAGUAGAAAAAUGUACAAGGAUACUUCUUACCUACUGGAAGAUUAAGCUUUUUGAAUCGUUUACUGGUUUUAUACUAAUGGGAGUCGUUUGAGCUCGUCUAUAUUUGCAAUGGAAUGUUUUGUACCCC